CAGGCAGGCAGAGAAUAUGUUAUUCCAUCCUUGGCCCACAGAUUUAUGGCAGAGAUGGUGGAUUUCUUUAUUCUCUUCUUUAUAAAAGCAACCAUUGUCUUAAGCAUUAUGCAUCUGAGUGGAAUAAAGGACAUCUCUAAAUUUGCUAUGCAUUACAUAAUAGAAGAAAUCGAUGAAGACACAUCAAUGGAAGACUUGCAGAAAAUGAUGGUUGUGGCGCUUAUAUACAGACUAUUAGUUUGUUUCUAUGAGAUAAUUUGCAUUUGGGGAACAGAUGGCGCGACUCCAGGGAAGUUCCUGCUGGGGCUUCGAGUUGUGACCUGUGAUACAUCGGUGCUUAUUGCUCCAAGUCGGGUUUUAGUGAUUCCUUCCUCAAAUGUUAGCAUUACAACGUCCACCAUACGAGCUUUGAUCAAGAAUUUUUCUAUUGCCUCUUUUUUCCCUGCUUUCAUCACAUUGCUAUUUUUUCAGCAUAAUCGAACAGCCUAUGACAUUGUAGCAGGAACCAUUGUUGUAAAGAGAAAUGGGGUCAGAUGAUGCCUCUAAAAUACUGAAUCCCAUACUCUGGAAUAAGACAAAACUAAUAAUGUAUCAAGGCCAUCAGUAUCCCUGGGUUAUAUUAACCAAUGAUUUAGAAAUUAAAGCAAUCACUCCAAUGUGA